AUGAAACUUAUAAAGCUUUUAUCAAUUCUUCAGGUCUCUUUUGCUUGCAAAAAGCGGCCAAAAGAACCAGAAAUAGAAACGACAACAGAAAUUACAACAACAGAGAGCUUUGAAACAACAGAAGAAAACGAAAUCUUCGAAGAUUUGAGUCUUGACAAUUAUUUUCCUCGAAAAGAGCAACGACCAGUGAUUCCAACAAGCUAUCCAGUUGACAACUAUGAUGAGGUAUUGCCAACAACAACAUCUAUUGAAACAACAUCAACGACAACUUGGCGAACUGAAACCACUCCCUUCAGUACCAUCAGACACACGACUGAGAGAAGAGAAGCUCUUCGAGCAGCCCUUAUUUCAAAUGAGCAGCUUGCUGGAUUGAAAACAACAGAACAAAAGACAAUAACAACAACUUCCCCAGCAACAACAAGCACAACAACAACGACGACAACAACAACGACAAAAAUGGCAAAAGAAACGACAAUAUCAUCAACAACAACGACCACGACUUCCAUCACAACCGAGAUCCCCACGACCCUAACCAACGAGCCACCAGAAAAAAUCCUUUACGACAUUCCCCGAGCCGUCCCAGUCAUCAAUCCAAACGUACCGAUCAGCUCUCGUCGAUCCUGCUGGUCACCUGAUUUCCGCUAUUCUGGGACAGUCAAUGUCACGAAAACCGGCCGAGCAUGUCAGCAAUGGAACGUUGGUUUUCCUCACAUUCCCAAAUAUCAGCCAGUUGAUCUUGGGGAAGGACACAGUUUUUGUCGAAACCCAGAUGGGGAUAAACAAGGUCCUUGGUGUUAUACAGUCGAUCCUGAGGUCCGUUUUGAAUAUUGCUCGAUCCCAAAAUGCGAUGAAAACGGCGAGCCACCCUUAAAACAAGAAGACUGUUUCCCCGGCCAAAUCGGCGAAUACUCCCUGAAGCAAGAAAACCGACUAAGUCAAACCAUCUCCGGUCUCGAUUGCCAGCGCUGGGACGCUCGAAAACCGCACCGUCCAAAAUCUGCGCCUGAGAACUCGUCGCACAACUUUUGCUCCGACCACGAUGGGGACGCUGGUGGAGCAUGGUGUUAUACCACGGAUCCAGACGUGAGAUGGGAGUACUGUCCUGUCAAAUACAAUUGCGAAGGAUGA